UUGGAAUUACAAGCAUAAUCAAGGAAAAUACAAUAGUCCAGAUGUGCAAAUAUACCAUCUUGUAUCAUCUUUGAUUUAAAAAAAAAUCAAAGAUAGUAUGUGAUGUUAUUUAACGUGAAAUGGCACGGGGGGGGUCCCAGACAUGUCAGAAUAAACGUAUUUGGACAGGCGAAUACAAAAUGUAAAUAAACUAAAGUCCCCGUGACACGAAGGACAAUACAAGACAGUAGCCUAGUGCUACCCAUGCCAACACAGACGUGAAGCUUUCCCUCCAAAACUUAAAAACAUAUCUAUAGCUUUCAGUUGUCACCCUACCACUCCAAAUGUAAAACUGACAUUUACAAAUAUGCAAUAACAAUCAAACAAAUACAUGGGUAUGUGUUUUUAUUCAUAUUUACCAUUCAAUAUCCCAAUCGCUGCUGUCAGUCCCAUAGGAGAACAUGACAGCGCUGCGUGUGUUUGGAACUAUACAGGCUUACAUGAACCACGUGACCACCCCGCUAGCGAGAUCAACGAGUGUUGAAACUCUUAAUAUCUCUAUGGCUCUGGCUGAACCCACACCUAUUUCACUCUUUAUGAAAUACAUGUCUAAAGCAAUUUGAUAUCAAUUCUCAUUUUUUGCAUGACGCCCGCUGUGUUCACCAAACGCAAAGUGAAUUUUGAACUUGCGAUACCCGCGCAAGUUCGACUGCAGGAUCAUUUAUAGUUUAUUUACAUACUCCCGCAAGAUGCAGCGCAGAUGCUGUAUGAACCCAAAGUAAACUGAUUUUGAAGUGAUUUAAUUGUAAUAAAUUAAACGGUUCAAAAGUGUGUUGAGUCUUACGCAAAGACGUCUACAAUAAUUUGUCCCUCUAUUUCAACAAUCAACAACGUCAAGACGUCGGGAGAAUGUAAAUGCUGAUAGGCUUUUGCGACACAGCAUUACGCAAAAAUGUCUAUUUGCAUCUUGGCAUUGACUUUGUUGGUAAUCAUGCCACACAAAGUUUUGCUUCAGAUGCGAACACAUACGAUUCAACUGAAUAUCUUUUUAUUACAGAUCAAGAAAUAGACGAGGAAGUUUUUUACGAUCUUGAUGAUAAAGAAAUUGAUAAACUCAUCACAAAGUUAGGACCAAGGAAGAAAUUCAAGAAAAAAUUCACGUUGUUUAAGAAAGAAAAAAAAACAACAUAUCGGACAACAGUUGAUACUUCUGCCAAAUAUCAACAGGAGCAUGAAGAAGCUGUUUCUGCUCAGGUGUGUCCGUCCACCAGUGGCGCCAGUAAUAAAGAAAAGAGGAAGUUGGAUCUUCAGGGCGAGUCCAGCAAAUCUCAAUCACCAGCUAGUAAACGACACUGUGGCACUAAACCACGACCAGACUCAGAAAUACUGACUAAAGUGAAAAGCAUCAUGAGCCUUGUUAAGAAAAGACUACCAGCCCAAGACAACAAGCUCAACAACUUCCUGAAGGAUAAAAUCAAUGAUUUGGAGACAGACAAGAGGGAGGUUGUUGGUGUCUUUGGUAGAACUGGGGCUGGAAAAAGCUCUUUGAUAAAUGCUGUCAUUGGAGCGAAGAAUAUCUUACCCACUGGAGAUGUCAGUGCAUGUACCUCAGUCAUGAUCAAAGUUGAAGCUAACACAGAUGCUAACAAGCGGAACAAAACCUAUCAGGCGGACAUUGAGUUUAUCACAAAAGAGGAGUGGAAGGAUGAGUUGUUUCACUUUCUUGGGGAUAAAGCAGGUCAGGAAGAUGACGAUUAUCCUGACUUUGAUAAAAAGCUGUCAGCGCUGUAUGGAAAAAAAGAAAAGGAAAACAAAACCUCUGAAAUGCUCAUGGAGAAAAAAUAUUUCAAAGAAAUUCUGGAAUUUCUCGAAAACAAGAAGAAGAUUUUGACAUGUGAAUCAGCUGAAAAGCUAUCUACAACACUUGCCAGAUUCACAAGAGUCCCAAGACGUGACUCAAAAGACGAAGAAAGUCUAAAGAGCUGGUUCUGGCCACUGGUGAAGUGUGUGACUGUGAGGGUGCCCAACAAUGAUCUUCUCCAGCAUGUCACACUUGUGGAUCUUCCUGGAAAUGGGGACCGUAACAAGAGCAGAGACAAGAUGUGGAAACAGUUGGUUGGAAGUUGUUCUACUGUGUGGAUUGUGACUGACAUAAAUCGAGCAGCAGGAGAGAAAGAACCCUGGGAGAUCCUGGAAAGUGCCAGCAGUCUCAUUGGAAAUGGGGGCGAGUGUCAGCACAUUCACUUUAUCUGCUCCAAGUCUGAUUUCAAUCUUAAUGACCGUGAAGCCAUACUUAACAGAAACAUGCGAGCCAAGACAGAAGUGAGCGAACAAUUCAGCGAAGAAAAGACGAUCAAGAAACAUUUCAAUGAUGAAUGUUUGAAAGUUUUCACAGUGUCCUCCAACGAGUUUCUAGAGAAAAAACAUCUAAACCCAGAUGAAACUGAAAUACCCAAACUUAAGGAAUUUCUGCAAAAACUCAAUGACUGUCACUCAGAGACAGUAAACUAUGUGUCUGGAGCUCAUGGGAUUCUCUCUCUGAUUCAAGGGGCCAGCCAUAGAGAUGGGGCUAGCAAAAACACAGAUGUGUGCACAGACCUUGACAAAAAGAUGAAGGAUGAACUUGAUAAAGUCAGAAAACCCAUGGAAGAAGCCUACAAGGUUUUUGAAAAAUGCCUCAGUGAGGGGGUUGAAAGAUCAAAAGGUUCAUGUGAAAGUGACUUGAUGUCGGUCAUACAUCCUAGAGAUGUAGAAGGUGAAGAUGCAACAGGUGGAGGUUUUCACCAGACAUUGAAGAGUGUAGUUAAUAAAGGUGGCACCCACAAACCCAAAAAUGGGGAACAAAUAAAUCUCAAUGGGAGGUUAGCUUCAUGCCUGACUGACAGCAUUGAUGAGGAAUUCAAGAAGACCUUCCCAAAUGAAAGAAAAUGUGGACCAUUUAACAAUGCCAUCAAUAAGUUUUCACUUGACACAAAGAGUCUGAUUGAAAAGUACAAAGAUGUGAAACUGCAGCUGAUCUUUCUCAAGACAGAGGAGGACAAAAUUAAGACAGAACUCAACAAAAUGAUCCGGGAGCGUAAGAAAACGAUCUACAACAGUUUGAACGAGACAAUUGGGGAAAACAUGCAAGAAGGCUACGAUGAAGCAGCAGGGUUUCGUGGUGAGGGCUUGCUGAAAAACAUGAGGGACACUCUUGAGAAGCACGUACGUGCUGCAAAGAACAUCAUGUUUGAGCGGGCAAAAGAUGAAAUGAUGAACCAGCUGAGAGACUUGAUGAAAGAGAUCCUGGAGAAGCUGGAGAAAACAAUGCAGAAAUCAAUCGAGCUCUCACUCAAGACAGAUGGUGACUCAAUCCCAGAUGUUACACAGCAGCUUAAGGAGGUGAACGACUACUACAAUGACCUGAAGGCCCAGCAGCAGAGGCCAUGACGUGCACAAGUUUGCUCCGUGGAGAGAAACAGCCGAGGCCAGAUGCCCCACUGAAGGUCCUGCAGACCCACUGAUUACUGACGUCAGGCCUCUGGAUUUGGUCUCAACCAUUUUUGUCAAGUUGCUAUCACUGUCCUCUUUAAGUGUUGUUUUGAUAUGUACUUUGAGUUUGCUUAUGGUGAAUUACAUGGUGAGAGAUUUUAGAUUUUCUAUUUUUGGUAAUACAUUUUUGAUUAUAGAUCAGAGGAAGACCGAAAAUG